AUGAUGUCUCCUACGGAACAAGUCCUCGUGUACGGAAGGACCUUGAACCCGGAGUACGAGUCAUUAGACAUGCUCGACUUGACUGCAGGACUGGACACCGUCUUUGCAGCUCUUAUUCUCUUCUUUUUCGUCGCCGUAAACUGGCACGCCCUCACCUCUGGCAUCUCGUUCGGGGCCAAGCUGCUUGCAGCUGUGUUCUCUCCCCUCGAAUUCCUCGUCGCGUGCGUUGACGCGUUCAAGAGAUGGAUAGUCCAGAGCCAGAUGGGUCGUCGCCUUUCCGACCUCCGUAACUGGUAUUUCCCUGCUCGUCGUCCCAUCGCCAUGAUCUCGCGGGUUUAUGUCACAAUCGUCACUUUGAUGUGGACGAGUCAAGAUCUUCUGACGCCCGGCUACCAUGUCUUGUAUGGCAUGGUUGAUGGUAUGGGAUCCGCAGGCUGGGACCACUGGGAGUACUGCCUGAACCUGGAUCGUGGUUCUCCGGCAGGCCGGUGGUCCAGCAGUCGGCGGCUCCAGGGAUUCCAUUGUGACGGAGUCGACCUCGGCGUGGAGUUGUUUUCUGUCUGGGAAGACUACAUCCCAACGUUCAGCGUUGGAGAUGAUAUUGAACACCUCCAGAUUUUCCGUUUCGUCUGUUCCGUUUUGGCCCUCGCCAGCAUUCUUGCCGGGGCUGUUAUCGCUAUCCGUCAUUCUUCUCCUGUCAAGGCCAUUGAGACGCUUUGCAGCUGGACACGUUCGAAGUCAAAGAACGGUCCUGAAGAUGAGGCACAGCACCAAGAUACAGCGUUGCUCGAGCAAGUUGGACUUCUUUCGGCCAGGAUUGGCACGUACGAAGCAAUGCUGGACGAGGUACGAGGCCAGCUGGCCGCCAAAACCGAGCAGACGAACGGAAUGGAGGUGCGCUUUGACGAACUCCGGUCGAGAAAUCAAAUGCUGGUUGCACGUUGCGAAGAGGACAAGGUUGCCCAGCAAGAGAGUCUGAUCGCCGGUCUUCGUCAAGAGCUAGAUCGGGUCAACUGUCGCCUCAUAAUGGCUAACGGAAGAGCGCGGGGGGCGCAGUACAAGUCUGACUCACGGGAGCAGACUCUCACCAACCGUGUCGCCGAGCUAGAGGAGCAGCUGGCUCGCAAGACUGAUGAAGCGAAUGCCAACUCUCGCGGCAUUAUUGAAUCGCUUCAAGCAGACCUCAACAAUCGGACCGAUGAGCUCAACGCCAUGGCGCGCCGUCUAGAAGCCGUUGAAGCUCUGGCCGAGAGGACCUGCGACAUUGAAAAGCUCCGUGUGACAGAGGAGGAGGUUCUCCGCAAGGAUGCAGAGAUCUCUAGACUCCAGGAACUACUUCUGGUUCAGGAGCAGCAGUCUUACGAGCGGGCGAGGGAACUUAGCGCCGUCGAAGACCAGCUUUCCAAGAAAGAAGUUGUGAUCCAGAACCUGGGCGUAAGAAUCCGGGCCUACGAGGCAGCACCCCAGGUGCAGGCCACGGAGCCUAACGCCGCAGAGAUCCGGUCCCUGAAAGAACAACUUCAGUUUUUCCAGGCACAGUGUCACACGCAAGCAGCACAACUCGGAGAGGCAGCAGCACAAGUGCAUGCUCUGCAGGCCAAGCUCGAAGAGUACACCGACGUGCUGGAGCGGCUCCGGAUCGCAGAGGCCCAGCACGUAAAGCUGGUGGCAGAGGGUCACGCAAAGCAAGAAGAGAUCGACUUCAUGUCGCAGAAGUACGAUAUGCUGUUUGACGAUAACUACGAGCUUCUUGAACAGCAUGAGAAGCUGAAGAGUGCGUUCAAGGGGGACGAGGCUGCCCAGGAAAUCCUGGAGCUGCGGGCCGAGAUCGAGUCUCUUAAAUCUGCGUUGGAUGGGAACAGCGCGGUCCAGGAGGCCCUGAAUCUCCGGGUGGAGGUCAACGCGGUGAAGGCGGUCGCCGAAGAGAAGGUGAGGGAAGCCGAGGCGAAGGCGACAGAAGCCGAGCAGAAGAUGAUGGAGGCUGAGGGGGUCGCGAAUUUUCUCCGGCAAGCCGACGAAGGGCAUCGCAAGACAAUGAAAAGUCUCAAAGACGCCUACGAUAAGGAGGUGGAGAGAUACGAUGACGAGGUCGCGGCGGAACGUGCGGCUGCCGAGGAGGCUCGGAAGCAGGUGAAGGGCCUGCAGGAGGAACUCAAGGAGAUGUCGCGGCAAGUCGGCAUCGCCUCCAGGGAUGCUCAGCGUUUCCGGGAGCAGAAGGAGGGUACCGAGGCGGAGAGGGACAAGCUCACGGGCGUCAAUGACGUCCUUGAGCACCGUCUGAAGUUUUGGGAGAACAGCGAGAGUAUGCAAACGAUCCCCAAGCGCCGUACGGGCGACUUGGGGUCUCUUGCGACGGCUCUGGACGAGGCCAGGGUCGAAAUCUCCAGGCAGCAGACCGAAAUCAACGAUCUGCGUGCCAAACUCCAAGCUCAGACGGAGUCCGCCGCCUCAGCCGCUUCUGCUCCCUCCGACCAGGCCCUUCAAGACAGCGUCAACCGUUUGCGACAAGCCAUGGAGGUCGAGAAAAGACAGCGAACCGAGGACCAGGUUCGCUGGGGCCGGCAGGUCCAAGAGUUGCAGCAGGAAAACCAGCGGCUGCGGGUUUCCAUCUCCAGCGCCGGCCUGGGUCGCGGCCGCGGUCGUGGCCGAGGCCGAGGGGGUUGA